GAUCGUUCAUUGAAGAAAUGGACUGGGAUAAGUUUGACAUGAACCCUAGAGUGAUUGCAGCUAUUAAAAAAGCAAAUAUAACAUCAAUUAAAGACAUUUUCCAUCUUUCGGGAUCAGAUUUGCAAAGGUUAACAAAGCUAUCCAAGACAGAUGUACAAUAUCUACUAAGAACAAUUUCUAGUACUUUGAGAAAAAAUUCUGUUUUUACAGCACUCCAGCUAUUUCAAAACAAAGCCCCGAGCACUUCCCAAAGCCAGAAGCUGAGUCUGGGCUGCCCAGUUCUAGAUGGCUUGCUCCAAGGUGGAAUUCCCCAUACAGGAAUUACUGAAAUUGCUGGUGAAAGUUCUGCUGGGAAGACUCAGAUUGCUUUGCAGCUAUGUCUUUCUGUGCAGUAUCCAUACAGAUAUGGUGGACUAGAAUCUGGUGCAGUUUACAUUUGCACAGAAGAUGUUUUUCCUAAUAAACGUCUGCAGCAAUUGAUUGAACAGCUGCCCAUAUUGAGGAGUGAUGUUCCAUCUGAGGUGAUGCAGAAGAUAACAUUUGGAAACAGAAUAUUUGUUGAACAUGCAGCAGACUUGGACACUUUCCAUGAGUGCAUUACUAAGAGACUUAGCUUGCUGCUCUCAAGAGGCAUGGUGCGGCUAGUCAUUAUUGACUCCAUUGCUGCCUUAUUCAGAUGUGAAUUCAGUGCUACAGAUUCUCUCCUGAAAGCUAAAUAUUUACACAGAUUUGGGGCAAAACUUCAUAGAUUAAGCUGCAGGUUCCAUACCCCCAUCGUAUGCAUUAAUCAGGUAACUGAUGCAAUGAAUGAGAAGGAAAAUGCUGUUUGGAAUACUCAAAGCUGCUCAGCCAGAACUGUUGUUCCAGCACUGGGAAUAACUUGGUCUAAUCAGCUGUUGAUGAGAUUGAUGGUGUGUCGCACUGUAAACCAAGCACUGACUAGUGGAGAAACAUUGUAUGGUAGAAGUGAGCUACGAAUGUUAAGAAUUAUUUUUGCUCCUCAUUUGCCCCAGCGUUUUUGCUAUUAUACUGUAAAUUUGGAAGGUGUAAAAGGAAUAAGGAAAACCAGUCAUGAUUAUGAAAAAACGUAAAACAGGGUU